AUGAUUUUGUCCCUCAUACAAAAUUGCUUUUUUAUAUAUAUAAAAAGGAGCUAAAAGCUUGUUAGAUGUUCCAAGGCCUUAAAUAACUGAUUUGGGAGACAUCAUGGAAAAAUUACUGUCCCCUUUGAUAAAAACUAUUAGCCACAUCUUCAAGUGUUUAUUUGCUUCUCAGAAAUUGCUUAGUUUCAGUAUACUAAUAGCUAACGAACAAAUGAGAAAAUCAACAUCUUGCCACUAAUUAUGUGCAUUGUAAUGUGUACCAUGGAGAACUACUGCACCUAAAAAUAUCUACAUAAUUAUGUUUCUUUACUGAACAUCUGCCACUCUCAAAAAGUUGGUUACCUCAAGCAAUGAAGUUGAGGCAUACCUAAACAUAUUUUGACUUUCAUAAUACAAUAAAAAUAAGAAAAAAUACUUUGCUCUCUGCUCUAAAACAUAAGGUUAACUAAUUUUCAUAUUCUCAAAUUUAUGUUUGGACAUUCUGGGGUGUAAGGAUGUAUAUUUACCAUAUGGAUGAACUCCUGCUCCUUAAAUAACAUUUUAGACCAAAUACAUUUUGUUUUACAAUUUCUUGUAUAUUGUUUAUUUACGUUGAAAGGUAUAUCAGUCCUUAUAUGAACCUAUAUUUAGUCUCACUUUGGAUAAAAGUCUAACUUGACUUUAUGCCAAAAAAAAUUUCCCACUACUUGUAUCUAAUAUUGUCAAGACCAUGUGGACACUGACAGCAUGCAAAGAAACUUGUGCAAUCGAGACCCACUGAAAUGACAAAUCACUAUGAAACUAUUUACAAUUAUCCUGAGCCUAAUAACAUUAUAAUUUACUACUUGUGCAGUAAAAAAAAAAAGAUAUUGGCGCAUUUUUUCUCAUCUGUUUGCAGGUAUGAAAAUCUGUCUUUAGGCAUUUGGUUAACUGAGAAAUUAAAGAAUAUAUAUCCACAAAAACACACUUGUCAGAUUUUCUUAUUGAAAAUUUAAUUUCAGAAAUCUUCAUAUCUUCAUAUUUGACAGUGGGAUUGAAAAAGUCAUGGAAAAACAGCUUUCCCACAACAGAGCUUAGCAAUUCUACACCUGAUAUCAAUUUAUUUCAAUGGUGGCCUGAACCAAUUGGACUUGACAACUCUGGAGAGAGAAAUACUAGCGGAAGGAAAAAUAAAAAAAAUAAUGACGACUAAGUAAAAUUCUUGAAGUUCACAGUUUAUUUAUAUACUCUUAAAACAUCAGAAAACAUGUACACAAUAUCUUCAACUGUUACUUUUUUUUCAAUGGUUUUACAGCAUUCUCUGACCUGCAAACAGAUAGAAAUAAUAAAAGUAAAAAAUAAGAUGCUGAAAUUAAGCAAAGCCAACCACCAAAUUAAACACCAUUAUUACUCCUCCGUCAGUCAGUGUGGUCUACCAAGCAUUCUUUUUUUUUUUUUUUCUUCCUCAAGCCAUUGAUCUCUACCUGCUAAGUAAUAUGUGGAAAGACUAGGCUAUCUUACAGUAUGUCCCUUCUUGGGUGUGUACAUAUAACUGAACAAUUUAAGAUGCUAAUGGGUAUGCAAUGCAAGGACAUAACCAUGUUUACAGAUAAGAACAAAAAAUAAAAAUAAAAAAAAUGCUCAUCCACACUAAUAAAAUCGUUUGUUCUCAGCAUUGAAAUAAGAGUCAGAACAUUUUUCUUCCAAUUAAUCAGGCAACAUUAAUUUUUUAACACUUUACAUACAAAUGUGUACUCCAGACCUUCAGCCCUAUUAUGCAAAUAGUGAAAUAACAGAAAAUAAAGUUCAGGCACAACAAAUAAAUUUAAAACAAUAAUCCUUAGCAAAACAUUUUAGCUGAGAGACAAUGAAUACUGGAAACAGUAUAAUCACUGAACAACUAAACCAGCCAAAGGCUUGACCGAUAAUUAUGAUGAACAUAUUCACAUGACUCAUUCACAACUGCUGCCUUGUGCUCUAACGCCCCACUUUUGCAGCGGGACACCACAGCCGACAAAUGUUUUCAUUUAUGAAUUUAUUUGAACUCAUAAUAUACGAUUUCGGAAUUCCACUGCAGCUACAUAAAUAAUUAGAGUUUGUUUCUUGAUGUGAUAAGCCUAAAUUGGAUAAACAUAUGGUGCCAUCAAAUAAAUGCUCAUUUAAAACACAUAUGCACUCCCAAAUCCAUGCAAAAACCAAGUCAGGGGAGGCUGGUGGGUUGGCUGAACAACAGGAACAUUUUUGCGAAAAUUAGACAUACAUAUAAAACAGUCUAAUACACAAACAUACACCAGCGGGGCGGGGGGGGGGGGGGUUCUGUAAGACAGCAAACCAAGUGGAGGAAAAGAACAAGAAGCUGUGAAGAGGGCAAAUAGAUUAGGGAAGAAUGAGCUCGGGGAGCAGAUGUUGUAGCUGCGAGUGGUGGGGAAAGACACACAGAUAGGCUGGCAGGUUUCUCCGUGUCUGAGGUUGUACUCUCUGUGUUUACAGAGUCCCUGUGCUCUCCUCACAGUGGCACUUGAGGUGACUUCGGUCUAAAGGCUCCUCCCAUAUAACACCAGCUCAACUGCCUGCAAAGCCACGGCUGGCCAAGAGCCACACCUAGAUCAACAGCCGUCUGCUCAGAUCACUGGACUUGGAUUAGUUGUCUCAGAGCAUAUGAGAAAGCAACCAACACCCAAACAAUGGCUUUCGCCGGCAAGUGGGAAACUGAAUCUCAGGAUGGAUACGAUGAGUUCUGCAAACUGAUUGGUAUCCCUGAUGAUGUCAUUGAGAAGGGUCGUGAUUUCAAGCUUGUGACUGAGAUCACCCAGAACGGAGAUGAGUACACAUGGAUCCAGCACUACCCGAACAACCACACUGUGUGCAACAAAUUCAUCGUUGGCAAGGAGAGUGACAUGGAGACAGUUGGUGGGAAAAAAUUCAAGGGGACUGUCAACAUGGAAGGGGGCAAGCUGGCCAUAAGUUUCCCCAAGUACCACCACACAUCUGAGAUCAGUGGUGGAAAGCUGGUUGAGACCUCCACAGCAACAAGCGCUAAGGGUCCCGUUGUUUUUGUACGUACAAGUAAGAAGAUCUAACUGCAACAAAUGACAGUUCUGCUCUGUACAACCACUGACCUUAAUAAAAUGUGAGCUUAAAUUACAA